UGCAUCGGUUCUAUUUUUGAAAGCUCUAUAAGUAUAUCAAUAAACGCUACACAGAUCGUCACAGUCGGCUGAAGAAAUUGAAUGAGCUUUUCAAAUGACGUAUGAUAAUUAUGUUCUUUCAACAAACGCGGAGCGGCGUGUAAGGAUAGAGCGCAAUCGACAAGCGUUUUUGAGUUCACUCGGUAACCAUGGGUGACAGAAAGAUCCCGCACGUCGGGGACAUUUUCGGCGGAGGUCGCGAUGUGUCGGAGGAGAGGGCAACGUAUCAGCCGCACAACAUCAUGGACAGAACAACCAGCUUCAAUUACAAAAACAAACGAGCGCCGCAGCCUCCCGGAAAUUUGCCAAAAAUUGGCAACUAUCAGCCGAAAUCGCUCUUGACGCCGAAGCCUUACUCUCAUGGUAGCUCCCACGACCAGAAUAACAGAAACUCGCAGCAAACUGGCCCGAAUCAGUCACAUAUAGACGUGAUUAGCAGAAGUCCUCCGCGUGCAAUGGUUAUUGGUGAUAAAGACGUCCCAUUGCGUAUAGAGCCAACGUCCGACAGCGAACAACCAUUUGUAAGCCCGGUUGCCCCGCCACGAAGGAAGCGUCAGGCACCAAGUGCACCGGAUGCAGCGGCCGCUGUUGUUUCGGUAAAUCAGCGGAACAACCCGCUUUUUGGUAGAUCCAUGUCACAACGAUCUGACGAAGAAAGAUUCAAUAUGCAGACUUUCGAAGAACAGGGUGGUGACAUUGAUUUUGCAAGUGGUAUAGACAAUCCGGCAUUCCUUGCUCGAAGUCGCGCCACGAGUGAUUCUUCAUAUCAUAAUUAUAACGAACAUAAAGUUGACAGCAGUGAUCGAACGGGCGCUGAGGAUCAAUAUCACCAUAUAGAAGCUCGCACACAUGGGUCUGCCCUUGAGUCAUCGAGGCCGCGAGAGGACCGGUAUUCGCACGUGAAUAUGCCGAGGAACGCCGGCGACCACGGUGAGUAUCCGUAUAUACCUCCUCCGGACUAUCAAGACGAAGAAGUAACGAUGGACUUCCAUGAGGAACCGGAAGCUUUACUUAAAAAACCUCACCCUCUGAACGGCAAUCAUUUCAGCAGAGACUCGAAAGAGCACAGUGCCUACAGGGAACUGGAGGGUGACGACUUUGGUCGCUAUCUCGAAGACGAUUAUGAACUGAACAGGCCAGGUAACCGGUCAAGUGCUGUGGCCAAUCGUAACUACGGUAAAGGGAAAUCGGCACCAAAACACAAGCCGAACAAUAAAGACCAAAAGCACAAAAGGAAACACAGUAAAAAUGACGCCAAACGUAAUACAAUAAGAGAUUUUGCGUUCUCGGACUCAAAGAUUGGCUGGGGCGACAGGACGGUCAAGAGCACUUCCGCAAAAGGAAGGUAUAUUAAACGUGAGAAAGACCGGAGACGGAUUGACACAAGUGAAGCGCGUGUUCCAAAUGGCGGCACUGGUUCCUAUGAGGAAUUCCUUAAAGUGCGUAACGGACUUCCGCUCGAUAGCCCCAACAGCAGUGACAGCGGGGUGGAGCUAGCAGACGACCCUCCUAAUAUGGACAUGUACAUUCACAGUCAGCCAAAGCAAAUGAAGUACCGGAAGUACGACGAGAAGCCAAACUUGUUGCAGCGACUCACUUGGCGGUUCCGAAAGAUGAGCUUCAGUCGGAAUAGGGAUGAAUUAAGUCCAGCACCUCAAAUGUUGUCAGAGCGUCUGUGAUAAUAAAUUCCUCAUGUAGACUGGAUAUGGUGAGCUGUUUUAAGUGGUUCAAAACCAUCAUUUCGGGAAAUAUUCAGUUCGUUUAGGUGAUAUCUUUGACAAGGAUCGCCGUGCUUCUUGUUGUUGGACUACAAUGUCUGUGACAGAAUUAGAAUAUCGCUGACAACGAACGGAAUUUUCCUCUUCUGUAAUCACUAUAAUUUGUUAUUGUGACGACGAAAUAUUGUGAAAAGAUGUCGGUGUCGAGGGAUUGAUUCUUUACCCAAGUUCGCGAACUACUUAUUUUGUGUGCUCUGUUCUGUGAUAACGCAAGUCACAAGAGACUAAAAGACAUUUUGAUUUUCGCAAACGCAAUAUACCGACAGUGUAUUUAUGGGAUUUUGGCUGAAUUUGCCCGUCCUUGUGCAUAAACAUUUACUUCAUCGUGAACUAAUCAUCAGCACCCAUUUUUGUCAUUUUAAAAACGCGGAUCAUGGUAUUCAUACAUGUACAUUCAACGCGCUCUCAUAAGUGGCGUGGAAUCGUAAAGUUGUUUGUAAGGUUUCGUUUAUUAAGUUAUAUAUAUUUCAAUGAUUAAAAUAAUGGUUAUUAUGUGUGCACAUCAUUUUCGCCUAAGGGCGUAAUAGGCCGUUGUUGAUGAGAAAAGCCACACACAGUUCAGUAUUUUUUGCUCAAAUACUAGCUGUUCAGCGGUUAAGUCUUCGACUAGUCUGACUUUGUCUGUGCCAAUAGCGAAUUGUUUUCUUUAAACAAUCGCCUCAGGCAGCAUUUUCGAAACUCUUUAGCAAGAGGGUUUUGUAUUUGUGUAGAAAGUGAAAGACGAUGGGUGACAGCAGCGAAUACUAGUUAGGAAAGUAUUUAGACGCAACAGAUGCAAUGUGUGUGAAAGUUUUGAUUUCGGAAUCAAAUAUAUUAUGAAAACGGAGACGUCUUUAAAACAAUCCGAGAAAAAAUUAUGUACAAAGAUAGACAACUCUAAAUUUACACUGAUAAGUCAAUUGUUUAUGUGAUUGCCUUCCCCUCCAUACAAGUACUACAAAGUGAUCUAGCAAUCGUGUCGGGAAUUAAAAUAUAGCAGUUAAAGGGGUAAGCUUUAUAAAGUAGAGAAUGGGACAUAAAUUGAGUCCAACACAACAAAACAAUACAAAAAAGUAAACAGAUUCGGUCUUCUCAAAUAUAUCGAUGCACAAUUUUCAGUAUAUUUAAUUAUGAAAUGAUAUAUAUGUGCAUAUUAUAUUACAUAUAAGUUAUAUGUUCUUUAUUCUUUGUUAUGUUAGUAUAUACUUUAUAGUAAAAAAUUAUUCUGUGAUUAUCAUUUGAUGUUUUCUGUUUGAUUCAAAUAUUUGUAAAUUACAAUUAUCCCCAGUUACUGUUUUUGUUUUAGGGCUAUUAGAUCGUUACGGAUAGACCUACACAUAUGAACUAAAAAUAUUGCAAAUGCGUUAUGUGAUUUUCCACAGGAUACAGCAUACUUCAUUCAAAAUGUCGGUUAAUCACAACCUUUACCUAUGAAGUGUAUAGCUAUUCAAAUUCAUGAUGUAGCAUUUAUUUCACGUUUUUGAUUCAGUUUAUGACUCUUCAAGUUUAUCAUAAACUUUAUUUAAAACAUCCGUUCAUGACCAUUCUGCUUGAGAUGAAAGAGCCUAGGAAACAUUACUUUCUAUGUCUUUUGAUAGUUAUGCAUUUGGAAAUAAGCCCAUCUUAGACAGUAAGAUUUACGUCACGAGAUUUAAAAAGUAGUCGACACAUUGAUCUUGUGCAUGUCAAAAUGAAAUAUUUGACAAUAUUAUUCCAAAAAGCUGUCAUAAAUAUUGUAUUUCUAAAAUACUUACUAUAAUAUGUUUGCCUUGUAUAUCUGAACUAAUUAUUAUUAAAAUUUUAUAUUGAUAAA